AUGUCAUUCUCUCCCAAACGCACAGCUUCUCCCAAUCCCUAUCAUCGCCUCAGGCGCAGUCCCAACUUAUUCAGGCGCAAGUCCGAGCUGCCUCCAUCAUGUAUGAGAAGAUCGCUCUGCAUCCAAGCAGUCGGAAUGACGGAUGCUCAGCUCGACAAUGACCUCAUCCCUCUCUUGCGCAACCAGCAGACGACUGACGUGCUCAAUAUGGAGACUGCUACUGUCCGUCGUCUAGCGGAGUGUAUGGCCACCCGUGGUGCCAUCGCCACGAAUGGCAUUCAGACUACUCAUCCUCCUGCCGCGGGUAGUCGGAACGUGCUGUUCAGGGCUGUGAUGAUGCUUAGGGAUAAAUUCGAGUGGAAGCAGCGCGUCGAAGUGGAGGUGGAAGAGCCCGAAGAGCUCGAAUGGGAUCCACGUAUGGGCCAUGGAGACAUUCAGAUGACGAAUGAGAAUGAAGUUACAGUGACUCCCGACAAUAGGGAACUCGAAGAAGGACAGAGUAGCGAUGAGGAAGAUAUUGUGGAAGGUGAACUCACGGGAAAUGAUGGCCCAACCCCAGUUGCUACCCCGGCCGCAGUAGAUGUUGAGAUGACUUCAGCUGAUGAUUCAUAA